AUGAGCCUAGUAAAAGAUCUACUAGAUGAGAACAGAAUUCUUUACACGGAUAAUUACUACACGAGUAUCCCACUUGCCUAUAGGCUCAAGCAUAGAAAGACAAAUUUGGUGGGCACGUUGAGACUCAAUAGAAAGCAUUUACCAAAAGAUUUAGUCACACAAAAACUGAAGAAAGGAGAAAUAAUAGCGAAGGAAACGACAGACGGAAAAAUUGGCGUGACGAAAUGGAAAGAUAAGAGACUCGUUACAACUUUGAGUACUGUUCAUUCGGCGAAGAAAAUGACAGCAGUAAAAACAAAAACAGGACAAGUUAUUUUCAAACCGGACUCUGUUGUUGAUUACAAUACUGGCAAGUUCAUCAAUAGACGUCAGUGA